AUCCUGUUGAGAACACUGAAAUCACUAUCACAGACUGUGAUUCACAGUUGGCAAUUUUGAAAAGGAUCUGACAUUUGUGGUUAGAAUUCUGAAAAUCUCAAAAAUCGUACAUAUUUUUGCGAAAAUGUCUGCAACUACACCGUUUUUACAAAAAGUAUCGAAACUACUUAAAGUGCCUAUCAGCAACAUAAUACAAGCACCAGGAUUAGUUAUCUCUUGCACAAUAAAUGGCAAAACCUUCUCUGGCACUCUAAACAUUAUUUCAACGCUUUUAACAGCUUCAAAAUCGAAUCUAGCUGGUAAGGACGAUUUGGAGAAGCUACAAAUUUAUCAAUGGAUUGAGUAUGCAAUGGUGUAUGCAGUACAAUGUAACAGUGUCCACAAUAUACAACAAAUUUUAACCGAACUUAAUUCUGUGUUGGCAGAAAGAACUUUUAUUGCUUCUUAUGGCAACAUUACCAUUGCUGAUGUAUUAUUGUAUUAUAUUUUGCAUGGUUUAAUGGAAAGUUUGGUUUAUUUAGAGAAAGAAAAAUUUAUUCAUGUAUCAAGAUGGUUCAACAAUAUACAGCAAGACUCAAAUAUUAGACAAAAUAAUAAAAUAAUUGACUUCAGAUCAAACUUUUUGGUGAAUUUGGCACCAGCAAGACAUUUUUAAAUUUGUAACUAGGUACCUUUAUUUAACUUAUUUUGUACAAUAAAACAAUUUUUAUCUUAACAAAUAUUAUUUAUUUAUAAAAUUAUUGAAUAAC